UGACUGCUCUUUAGAAGGCCAGGCACUGAAGAUGAAACUCAAACUUUGGCCACCUAAUGAGAAGGAAGGACUCCCUGGAGAAGAGCCUGAUACUGGGAACGAUUGCCAGCAAAGGGAGAGGGGAUGGUAGAGGAUGAGGUGGCUGGAUGGAGUCAUUGAAGCAGUCGGUGUGAGCUUAGGUGGACUCCGGGAGAUGGUGGAGGACAGGAAGGCCUGGAGGAAUUUUGUCCAUGGGGUCGCAAUGGGUCAGACAGGACUUCGUGACUAACAACAACAACAACAUUCUUGGAUAUGCCCUUUUGCUAUUCCAAAGCAGCAAUGGAUCGUUUCACCACUGUUCCAGAAUAUUAGUGCUAUUAGCAUUAUUAUUACAUUACCUUAUUAGACUUGUAUGCUGCCUUUUUUCUUCUUGAGCGAAUCCCAAGGAUGUCGACCGCUCUGUUUCAUCCUCACAACAAGCUUGUGAGCUCGGUUGGCCUGAGUAGGAGCAGUGGCCCUAAGUCACCCUGUGGGUUCCAUGGUUAAGUGGGGUCUGGAGCCCAGAUCUUCCAGGUGAUCCGUCCCAAUGCGUGACCAACACUGUAUCCAUGGGGCACUGGGUCUUUGUGGCAUCAUAAUCUUGCAAAUUUGUGUCCUUGCUUUGUGCUUGGACCGGUAUGUUCUAUGCCGCAGGAAAAGACAAUUCAAUAGCUCCGUAAAUUUCUAAAUAACAGUCACGAGUUGUUUAUAUCAAUUGCGAUCUUCCCUCUGUGUCCCAUCCCUAAAAAACUGCAUGUUAGAAUAAUGAUAGUAGAAUCUUAUUUGAAAAAAAAAAAGAUUUCUUUGGGCUGCUUGCUGUCCAGAAAAUUUCUCUGAAUUGCACUCAGGGAGGCAGCUUGGAAUGGAGUGCAAGUCUUUUCUUUCUGCUGGGUGUAACUGCCUGUGAAGUUAAUUGGGUGUUAAAGGCUUUCCAUGCAGCCUGAUGCUUCCUUUUCUCCUUAAUACUACUUCCUGUUGCUAAUCUUUCUUUGGAAGGAGACUCCUAGCUACAGAGAAUACACAGUUAUUUAAUACCGAAAGAACUUUUUUCUGUUUGUAGAAAUGUCAAAGGAUUAAUAUUGUUCAGUUGAAGUGGAGGCCUCCCCCCUUUCCUUUCCUUUCCUUUCCUUUCCUUUCCUUUCCUUUCCUUUCCUUUCCUUUCUCUAUUUGUGAAGUUAGAGAUUAUUGUAUCCAAACCCCAUUGUUUUGCCAUCACGCCAUGCCAAGUGCAUGCCUUUCACAGCUGCCAUUAAAGCUGUGAACGCAUUCUGUUAUGUUUCAUUCCUGAGGUUUUAUUUAUUUUUGAAGACAUGAAUCUUACUACUGUAGACAGGAAGGAUUAAAACCCAGAAGCCCAGCUCUGCGCUGCUUGGGGAAGUUUCAAAUACAUGAAGCUUUCCUAUAUGGCAGCCUUCCCCAACCUUGUGCCUUCCAGACACAUUCGGCCUGCAACACCCAGAAUUCUCAGUCAGUGGCCCUGCUGGAUGGGAAUGCUGGGGGUUGUAGUGCAAAUGCCUCUGAAGGGGAAUGCUGCUAUAUGGGGCCAGAACAUUGGGCCAUUUAGUCUUGUGUGAUCCAUUCCGACUGGCAAUGGCUUUCUGCGGCCUCAAACAGAGCUUUUCCCCAGAUGUGCCACCUGGAGAAGCCAGAGCACAAACUCUGCCUGUGAUACUGAGAUUUUGGUGUGCACCAUGGUGUGUGAGAAAGCUACGCCCCUGCAGGUGUUUGAUAGAACACAUACCUUGCACAAAUAAGCAGGGACAUUUGCAAAGUCCAUCUGAAGUGCUGCAGGGUUGUGCAAAGCCAGUCAGCAAAGACAGUCCUGAAUGAACCCUGCAGCACCCUGCUCCAAAGGGAAAGGGGACAGAAUAAUCCGCAGCUUGCCUGUUUGGUCUUCUGCAGCUUUUAUGGUCCCACCAAGUGAAACAUUCUCCCCCGACUCCCUGUGGUUGCCUCCACCAAGCCAACAGCCCCUGGGUCUGUGGUAUUUAUUUAGGUAGUGUGUGAGGUUGGGUGUAAAGUAUGAGCAGAGUAUUUCAGAAAGGAAAGAAAAAGGACAAGUUUCAGUUCUUAAAAUGAGUUUUAAAAAGCAACAACGGAAUGGCUAUGCGUGCAUGUGUGAUGCACACAGUGAGCAAUGAGCUAAUAAACAACCUCAGAAAAACAUAAGUGGUGUAUGCUAGUUCUGUCUCCCAGCAGUAUCUGUUACUGAUCUGACUCUCAACCAGUUCUUCAGUUCCAGCAGCUUUGCCUAGGCAGCGGUGGCGAACCUCUGGCACGCAUGCCUCAGCGGGCACACAGCGCCUCUCUAUCGGCACGCGAGCCAAGUUGCCCCAGCAUCGCCCCAGCAGCCGAGCAUCGGAUAACAGCGCACACAGGGGCCAUGCGCUUGCUCAGAAAGGAGGAGCAGCGCCAGGCGAUGAUGUCACAAGCCGCGACUCAUUAGCCACGACUUGUCUGAGCUUUCACAUGACUGGUCUGUGCGCUGCCGACUGGAUGUGAGUUGUUUUUUCUAAACUAAAACCUCAGUAUUCAGGUUUUAUUGCAGUGUUGGCACUUUGCAAUAAAUAAGUGGGUUUUGGGUUGCAGUUUGAGCACUCGGUCUCUAAAAGGUUUGCCAUCACUGAUCUAGGGCUUUAGGCUUCCUCCCUUCUCUUUCUCUACACUUCUUUCCGUUUUUCUACCCUUCUGCCUUAGACUUUUAUCAAUUAAAACUAGUUUAUUUCUUUCUUCCAGGAAGAUAUUUCCAUGUUUCUGAAAACCAAGUUCCUGUUUCCUGAGCUGAAACUUGUUUCACUUUCAGUUUCUGUUGAAUUUUAUACUCUCCUGGCUCUUUUGAGCACCAUUUCUUGAUCUGGGCCAUCUAACAACACUUUUGAACUGUAAACAAUUAAUCUUUUAACUGAAACAGACUAGCAUGCACACACGAGUACAUGCACAAGAUAUAAUCCCAUAGUUCCUUAAUCUCAAAUUGAAUAUAAAAUUAAAUACAGUGUAAUCCCAGAUUAAAUGCUAGAAUGGAGGACAGUCCUGCUCCUUUAUGCUUAAUAUAAGGCCUAUUCUUACACUUGAUCAUACACAAUCUCCUCCUUGUGAUCCGGUUGGGAAACAGUGUGUGUGAGCUAAUGUUUGUGACAUUUUUAGGUUCUUUUUAAAUGUGAUUUGCUCCAAAACAAAACCACAUAAAAGAAAAAGACUGCAGUUUUCUUACAGCAACAGACAUGAAUCAUCUAUGAUAGUUCUAUAUGAAAUGUGCAUCCCUCGGUAUAUGUGAGUGAGUUACAGGUAUUACAGAAAUAUUCCAGAAAAGGAGGACCAAAUAUCCCAAAUAUCCGCAGGUGGUGUCCAUUCAAAAGCUGAAAGCAUUGUUGGGCCGUAUAGGUAGACAUUUCUCUUUCCAGUGUUUUUAAUAGCUUUUAAUAGUGAAUCUAUUUUCCAAGGCUUCAGCCAAACCUCUUGAUUGCUGAUCAAGGUAUAGCUGGUGUGAAAUAAUUAAAACUUGCUGGAGUAUAGCUUUUGAACUUUGUAUUGGAGAUACAUAGAGACAAAUUUGUUGAUUUCUGGUUUUGGUCAAGACAGUUUGCCAACAUAGCAAGCUUCUGUCACUGCUCGGGCAUGUGCAACAGCCCCAAAUUCUGUCCACUGUGCCACGGAUGUUGGAGAUGGAACAUGCGCUUUGGAGCUGUGGGAAUAUCCUUUCGUUUCCUGCCUGUUCACGACUCUUCUCUCAGUGUGAAUGAUCCUGUGCGUUGCAUAACGCAUCUGGCAUACAGCACGUAAUUAUCAUAGAGUAGCCUAGUCAUUUGAGACUCAUAUCACAUUUUCUGUUUGGGUGGAGUUGGACAAGCAUGUUGAUCCAACGCUGGCCAUGUUUCCAUGUCAAUUAGCUGAUCGUUGGGAUCUUCAUCGGAUGAUGACUCACCACACUGACAGGGUAUCUGGUGGCAUUCUCACAACUGAAGCACAGGGGAUACACCUGGAAGACGACGACUUUCCCUGCCAUGACAGAUGCAUGAGAGAGCAGCAAAUGCAGGGGCUCAGGGCAAGCUCUACCUUGCCGAGGGGAUUCUUUUGUCUCGGCCAUGGAAGGCAGUCGAUAGAAACAGUUUGGAAACUACCCUGGCUGGGAACAGCAGGAUACCAAGCCCGAGAACGUACUGAGAGCCAUGCCAGGAGCAGAGAUCAUGGGACAUUCUGAAUGGGAUCACAAACGGGGGCCCCGAGGAUCUCAGUCUUCGGGUACCAGCAUUACAGUUGACAUUGCUGUCAUGGGAGAAGCUCACGGACUCAUUACAGACCUUCUGGCAGAUCCUUCCUUGCCACCCAAUGUCUGCACCUCCCUGCGGGCGGUGAGCAACCUCCUUAACACGCAACUAACCUUCCAAGCCAUUCACAAGCCGAGGGUCAAUCCUUUGGCCUCCUUCAAUGAGAACUAUACCUGCUCAGACUCAGAGGAAGGCACGGAGAAGGGAGAAAAACUGACAAUUCCCAAGCGCCUCCGGAAAAGUCUGCCGCCAGGUCUUCUGCGGCGAGUAUCCUCAACUUGGACAACAACCACAUCUGCCACUGGUUUACCUACCUUGGAGCCAGCUCCGGUGAGAAGAGACCGCAGUGCCAGCAUCAAACUUCAUGAUACUUCCUCAUCUGGCUCUGACCCAUGGAACAGUUCCUUGCUGAUGACCAUCAACAAAAGCAGGUCGUUCUCUGCCUCCUGUGCUAUUUCCACUACCAACCAUCUGAAUUCGAAGAGGCCAAGCCGACAAGGCGGUAUCCCACCCAAUAUCUCACCUCUCACUUCCCCAAGCCAUUCACCCAUCCAGGGCACUCCGGCGAGCAGUCCCACCAGCAAGGACUCAAAUGACCAGUCCCUGGAGUUGACAGUCACAGCCACUAAGCAAACCAGCAAGUCCCACAGGCUCUUGGGUUGCACUCUGAGCGCGCCUGACCUUUCGGAGCCUGUCGUGGCAACCCCUGUCAUUUGCAGCAGCUGUGGAAGGCCAUACAGCCAAAUAGAACCCAGUGAGAGAGCACUGGAUAGAAGUGAAGGAGCAGCACACACCUUGAACAGAGCAGAUGACCCAGCACAAGCCACCUCUGACUACGAAACGAACAACAGUGAUAGCAGCGACAUCGUGCCGAAUGACGAGGAGACAGAUUGCUCCAAGGAGCAGGUGCAGAGGGGGUCUGUCUGCAGGACAUACACUCCAGAGACAAUCAUAUUGCAUCCUUUGCUACCGCCGGAGGACAAACCUAUUCUUGCCCCAGAGCCUCUAGUCAUGGACAAUUUGGACCCUCUUAUGGAACAGCUCAACAGUUGGAACUUCCCCAUCUUUGAUUUGGUAGAGAAGAUCGGCAAGAAAUGUGGUCGGAUCCUGAGUCAGGUAUCCUACAGGCUCUUUGAGGACAUGGGUCUCUUUGAAACCUUUAAAAUUCCCGUGAGAGAGUUUAUGAACUACUUCCAUGCUCUGGAGUGUGGUUACCGAGAAAUCCCUUAUCACAACAGGAUCCAUGCUACUGAUGUGCUCCAUGCCGUGUGGUACCUUUCGACCCAGCCUAUUCCUGGCCUCUCAACUGUGAUUAAUGACCAUGGGUCCACGAGUGAUUCAGAUUCUGAUAGCGGGAUCACUCACGGCCACUUGGGAUAUGUCUUCUCGAAGACGUACGCACCAGCAGAUGACAGCUAUGGAUGCUUGGCCGGCAACAUCCCCGCCCUUGAACUGAUGGCGCUUUAUGUAGCUGCUGCCAUGCACGAUUAUGAUCACCCAGGAAGAACCAAUGCCUUCCUGGUGGCAACCAGCGCUCCUCAGGCUGUUUUGUAUAAUGACCGCUCUGUUUUGGAAAACCAUCAUGCCGCUGCUGCUUGGAACCUUUUCAUGUCCAGGCCAGAAUAUAACUUCUUGGUCCACCUUGAUCACGUGGAGUUCAAGCACUUUCGGUUCCUUGUCAUUGAGGCAAUUUUGGCCACUGAUCUGAAGAAGCACUUUGACUUUGUAGCUAAAUUCAAUGCUAAGGUGAACGACGACGUUGGCAUUGAUUGGACGAAUGAGAACGACCGCUUGCUGGUCUGUCAGAUGUGCAUCAAGCUUGCUGACAUCAAUGGGCCAGCAAAAUGCAAAGACCUGCAUCUUCAGUGGACGGAGGGCAUCGUCAAUGAAUUUUACGAGCAGGGGGACGAAGAAGCCAGUUUGGGCCUCCCGAUCAGCCCCUUCAUGGAUCGUUCUGCUCCUCAGUUGGCAAACCUCCAGGAAUCAUUCAUCACGCACAUCGUGGGGCCCCUGUGUAAUUCCUACGACUCGGCAGGGCUGAUGCCGGGGAAGUGGAUUGAAGAUAGUGAUGAGUCUGGGGAUACAGACGAACAGGAUGGCGAAGACUCAGCAGACAUGGACACCUGUGAAAACCCCGAAUCAAGAAAGAAGAGGAGGAAAAUCUACUGCCAGAUCACUCAGCACCUGCUUGAGAACCAUCAAAUGUGGAAGAAAGUCAUUGAGGAGGAGGAGCGGCGAGCUGGGACAGAAAAGCAAGCUCCGGAGCAGCCGGCCAUGUUGCACCAACCCUCUGAACAAAUCGAGGCCAUUAAAGAGGAAGAGGAGGAAAAAGGGAAGCUCAAAGGGGAAGAGGACAGCACAGCCUUGGAAACGAACCAGUGACAAUGGUAGAAUUUUGAGCAGUAUUUGAAGACAUGAAUGACUUGCAUACCAGUUCCUUUUUACACGGCAGCACAACAUUUAGACACAACACUGUAGAAAUACGGGAUAAUAAUGCACCUACAGCUGUUUAGGUUCUUUGUUUCUCUCUUCAUUUUUUUUAACAGUGAGGUAACAUUGUUUAAGCUCUUCUGCUCAAAGAAGCUUUCACACUGCAGCACCGACUUUUACAGACUUUCAUAUGGGUGGGGAAUUAUAAAUAUAUAUAAAUAUAUAUAAUUUUAUAUAUAUAUAUAUUAUAAAAUAUUAGCCUGGGUUUAUCAGCUGCGUUAUUUCAUUUUUCCCCCCAGUGAUGAUCUAUUAUGGUAACUGUGACAUUAAAAGAAGUGAGAGGAAUUUAUAAAUUUGAAGAACGUUCACAGUGGAGUGAGUAAGGGUAUCUUGUCCCUCAGAUAGUCUCGCUAAUACACUGAUGGUGUCAGCAUGCAGCACAGGGGAAACCCUGAGCAAAGGGACAUGAUCCUGCAUGGGAAGCUGGUUGUGGCACGAGCGUAAAGUCCAACCCCAGGAUCCUGGGAAGGUGCCCUCCAUGCAGGGAGCUCACGUGCCUGUGAACACGGUCGAACCGUUUCUUCUCUCGGUCUAGGAAAGCCCAUGUUGAACACUUGCGUUUUCCCUUCCACACAACUAUGUAGAAUGCACAGAAAUAGGAGCAAGGGCAGCUCUCUGUAACGAAAGCCUCGCAUUUCUUGUGCAGGGUCCUUUAGCUGGAUGGUAGGCCUUGGCUGUUAUUUCUGAAGAAGUGAAUAGGUCGGACCAUGAUACAAGCUGUGUUCACACUGUCGCACCAGCUCCUUUCCCCCCUUUACUUUCACCUCUGCAAGUACCACCAGACACUUGGAAUUAGUUGAAAUGAGGAGGUUCCUUUCCCUGGAUUGCAUCCUUUCCUAACAACCACAGACUUCACAUACUCUGUGGGCUCAUGGAAGAAGACCUGUGUCAACUAGUCUCCCUUGAAUGCCAAGCUGCAACUUGGGAUGGGAUUCUUUAAAUUGAAAUGUGUAGAAGUGCCAUAAAACUUGGCAGCUGCUAAUCUAGAUCAGUGGCUUUCAAACGUUCUUCUCUCCGGGAACCACCUCCAUUGUUGUAUUUGCUACAGCCUCUUCGGGUAUUCCAGAGGAUUCUGGGCUACACAGAGGAUUUUUGCAAAAAGACUAGCUGGGGAUCACCCAAAGAGCACUGGGGUGCACUCAAGUUGCACCCUAGAAUGUGUCCCCAGCACUUUCCUAGAGAUUGCAGGAGAAUUUUGUUAGUAGUGGGUGAACUGGAUUUGGGAAAGCCGUUCAUGAGCUCCCUGCUGAGGAACCCUGGGCAGAUUUCCAAGAAACCCGUGUAUCUGCAGAAUUACAGUUGGACAGCCAGUGAUCUAGAUUGGCAAAUUCAAUUUCUAACACAUGUGGGGAGCAUCUGCACAAAAUAGGAAAAAUGAGUAUGGUAGAACUGUCGUUCCAUUGCUUUUUCAAGCCAGGAAUUCAUCGCGAUCUUUCUGUACGAGGAAGGGUAUUUGCCAUGUAGCAUUUGAUGUGCAUUCAAAAUGUUGUAUACAAAAGUAAUUCCAAUUUGAUUUUUCCACAUGCUUAUGCUUGCAGGACUACAGUGACCUGACAAGUGGCAAGAAAUAUGCCACACACACACACACACACACCCUGAGCCUCUUCAGGAAGCAUGUGUGCCCAUGAAGAAAAUAGCAUGCCUUUAAGAACUGAACACACAAUUUCGCUCUCUCCCUUUUCUUCUCAUUUGGUGGGUGUCUGCUAACUCUGAUGGGGGAAGAUUUUGUUUUUAAAAGGAGAUUUCAGUCUUGGCUUUUCAGUAUGGCAGUAUGGGAGAUGUGGCUCACCCAGGUGUUGGAAAUCAAAAGAUAGCUACCUUUUGCAAUGCUUGAACUGACAACUGCCGCUCAGGGGUGGCCACUGCACAGACCACCUUAGACCCUGCAGAGGGCCUUGCUGGUCCCGUCACGGAGCCUUCCUCCGAGCUACCGCCCCCCAUUGGAUUCCCACUCCUUUGGGGCAGAAGAGUCCAAAUUUGUUCAGCAGCCGGGUCAGAGUGCGGCGCUGCUGGGAAACAAGACACCCCCCUCCCCGAAUGGCACGUUUCUCAUUUGAAUCACAGGGAAGGCGGCCGCCGUGUCACUUCUGCAGUGGACACGAGCCUGAGCAACCACUAAAUGCCAUUUUCUAGCAGUGAGGAAGCCCCUGAUGAGCGGCAGGACACUGUGCAGGCUCAUGCUGAAAUUUGGUCUUGCCGUUUGGAGACCUGUUCCACCCAGAGGCCAUGUUUUCAGCAGAGCCUGGAAUUUCUCUGAUUUUAGCCUGCUUUUUAAACUCUUUUCAGAGGAUGGAUUUUAUUUAUCUGUAUGUAAAUAUCAGGGCACUUCUGGGGGUCUUGUAGAUAACAAGGGAGGGGUGAGAUGUUUUUGUAAAAAUAUUUUUUUUAAAAAAGGAAAGAAACCUUUUUUAUAAAAAGCGGCCAUUCCCACAUUUGACAAAAUGAGAUCCUGCAUCAUUGCCAGAAAGUCUUUGUAAAGUCUUUUCCAUUCUGUGGCAGGAUUGGCAUUAUCCUUCGGUACACAAGUUAAGGAUUUUCCGAGGGAGGCUGACAGCAUCCAGUGCUGGAUGUUAAUUGCUGCCUAGGUGAGUUUCAAUAGUAGUUCGAUCUGGAGGGAAGCCUGCUUUCAGAACUGCUACGGAGAUACCAUGUGAAAGCACUCGCCUUCCUCACUCUGCCAUCCACAGUCUUUUUAUGCAACAAGAACCUGGCAUAGGAUUGACCCCACGGCUCUGGGCCUCUAGAGCGCUGCUUUCAGAACAGUUUCUGCACAUCUUUGGCUUGUCUGAUUGUCCUAGUCUUCUCCGUGGUGUCACCAUAUCACAGUCGGCAGGUUUGCUAGCAUCAGCCAUCAAUAUCCACCUUAAGGAUUUACCAAGCGCAAAGUAUUUCAGCACUGGUCUCUGGUCAUUGAAUUCUAGGCUUCUUGACUUCCUUCCCCUAAGAAAAGCUCAAAGGUGAGUGAGGGAGAGCUUCUGGCUAGACUGAUAAUCUGGUCUCCCUCACAUACUCUUCCCAUUACUCAGUAAUGUCUCUGGAGUCUUGAAAGAGCAAACUGAGUUCCUGAGAACAGCCUUUUAGACCUUGUUGCCUCUUCAUGAGUUACGUGUUUCAAGGGCACAUCUGUUUUUUUCUUGAAGGGGGCGGCUUGCAGUGGUGGUCCCAAAAUAGGAACCACCUGUAGCAGAUAGGCAACCUUGGUUCAUCACUGAAGCUGCAUUUGUUGGCAACCCAGGUUGGCCCAUGUGCAAUGCAUGGAGCAGACCUUAGUUCAAAGUGGAAGUCUGUGAUACGGGACCAUGGCUGAAGCAGGUCAGGAUGACUCCUUUCCAAGAAUGCUUCAUGUUUCUGCUUUUCUCUAGGCUCUCUUCCUCCUUUGGAGAUUUGAACUUAGACUCAGUUUGACAGUAUUUUAUCAGCUAAGUGAUGCUGUGGAAGUCACAGAAUUCUGUGCCUACCACAGCAUGCACUAGUGGGAAAUACUGGUUUUUCUUUCCUUUGUUCUUGCUUGCAGUAUAGGGUCUCUUUCCUUACAGGGAUGCGUGUGUUCUUUUAUCCCUCUGCUCAAGGACUAGAAAAAGGUUUCGUCCAGCUCUUUCUUGCAAUGGAAAAUAGAUUAGCGAUGCAGCUCAGACGUCGGAGACACUUUUCGGUCAUGCACCAAAUGUAGGCAUCUAGGGAUGUGUGACAUUUCCUCUUCUGCUCUCAAGACAUGCAAGCAUGCCCUUGGAACGGGUCAUGAGACGAGCAGUGAGCCAAUGUUCACAGAUCCUUUCCACCUUGAGCAUUUGUCAUUCGUCCACCCAUUCAUGCCUCUUGUGCUCCCCACCCUCUGGAUUUGGAGCCAGAUUUCUGGCAACUCAGAGCUCCUAUAUGGAGAAAAGUGCCAAAAUCCCCAUGUCUGCUGAGGGUUUGAUGAAGGAGGGGUGUUUAUAUAAAUACAGGGGAUGUGCUGAGCUUCUACAGCUGCUAAUUCUUGAAAAAGAAAAGUAUCAUUCACAAAAAUUACUAACUUCCCAAAAUAUGGGAAAGAGAGACUAAACAAAGCGACUUGUAGCCAAAGGGAUAUUCCUCGCAGCUGUUUCUUCUGAAGCAUGAACAACAGAGUUCGAUUCCAGCUCAUGCAGCUCAUUUUUUCCUUUUUAAAUUUUCUUUUGCAUAAACGUUCCUGUGUUACAUCGAAUGCAUCUCUACUUGUGUCCGGACCUCUUCACCAUUGUUUGAUAGGGUCCAAAAGACAUGGCAAACCUUGUCUAUCAGUAUGAUUUCUGCUGCAAUUUGCACAGCAGAGCACAGCAAUUUGCAUUUUAAAAAGUUCUCAGAAGUCGCCCUCUGUUAGAAAUCUCCCCAUACUCAAAAAGGAAAAAAAGAUUCCCUGCACGUUUUUGCAUGGGAAGAUGCUUCAAACGCACAGUGCAAAUCUGCAAAAUUUUGUUCAUAAGCUGAUGUGAGUAGAGUCACUAUGGAAGCCAAGGGGAGAAUCAAAGAUUUCUUCUAUUGUCUUCUGUUGUGACUGGUCUCUCUAAGAGGGCUGUAUUUGUCCUUAAUUUGCCAAGCUGCUUUCCUUAAUGUUAAUGCGAUGUUUGUAGCAUUUCUUGACAUUCCUUCUUGGCUUGUGAGUUCAAUAGCUAAACACAGUCCUGUAUGAGGAAAUGACAUCUGUUAUUGGUAUGAAAGGUGGAGAAGGAGAUAGUGAUAGUGAAGUCAAAACAGGCCAGAUGUUGGACAGCCAUAAUGGGUUAAUUUCCAGCUGUAAAGUAUUGGCAGAACUCAGAAAGGAACGCAUGAAGACGCGAGCUCUGCAUUGGAGGCAUUGUCCCGCACUCUAUUCCACAGCUAGUCUCCUGUCAUUGUUUCAAGAUGUGAUGGGAAAGUCUCAUGCAAAGUGCCGUUUGGGCCUAGCAAUCACGUGAUAGCUUGGCUGGUGUUGACGGGAGGAAUAGUUAACAGCGAUGCUGGUAUGCCAGUCCAAAAUUAACCUUAGUCUCAUGUUGGUCCAUCUGGAUUUCUGCUUCCUCCUCAUGCCAGUGGAGAGCAUCCAGGGUGCCUGUGUUGUCACUGUGUGUAUGGCGUUCUAGAGGGAACUUUGGUCUGUUCCAGCGUGGUUUGUCUUACGUUGUUGUGUUCUUGUGUCCAGUUCUCUCAUGGCAGGAAGUAAAGAGAGGGUGUUUAUGAGGCAUGGAAUGAUGCAGUUUCUACACACAGACUCGAAUCUUUAGCUCGAAAGUGUGGUGGAUUGUUCAGUAACCUCCUCUUAAAGUAUCCGUUUCAGGAUAAGGUUUAAUCCCUUGGAAAAUAUUUUUAUGACACACUUAGGGGAUUUUGGGAAGCAGGGCUGGCUGCAAGGAAUGUAGCUGCCUUCAUCAAGAGCCAGCGGAGUCUGCCCCGAACGGUGGACGUUCCAAAGGGAGAGUUUGCGAUAUAAAGUGCAGCUAGGGACCGAACAGAAACAAUUAAGCCAUUUUUGGCCCUGAGGGGCCAAGUUCCUUGGGCUUCCCCCAGCUGGCAGACUGGUCCAAGUGCAAUCAGCCUUGACACUGACGGAGUGCUAAGCCUUGAUUGCUGAAUGGGAAAUAUGAGAAAAGCGGGGACAGGCAGAAUUGCUGUAUUUAGGGUGUCAAAAUCAUUUCUGCUCCACACAGGAUUUAAGUGUUAACUCUCAGCCGAGUUCUUAACUUUAUGAACUGCAUGUGAGCCUUUGUUACAACUUAGGCAGGUAAUUACUUGGAGGCAGUCUAAAAUUGAGCAAGCUUUUUUAUGUCACUAGAGAUGCACAAUUAGAGAAAUUUCAGCCGAGAUGGGAGGAAUCAUUCCCUUGAAUCAAUGGAGCAACACCUUCAGGGAACAUUAGUAAUGGAUUCACACCACCACACACAGGGAAGAAAGUCAUGAAAAACAGCAAGGGUUGUGUUUUCCUCCCUCGCCCACUACUGAUUCUAGCCUGGUGCCAAAAUAUUAAAUUUUCUAUCUGCAACUUUCUAUGUGUUAAACUUUCAUUCUAGGAGCUGAUGUGCACUUUUAGCAGAAUAAGGGGGUAGAUGUGCUAGUGUUCCACAUAUUUACAAAUUUCUCCCUUAGCUGCUGAACGAAGUGGUACAGUCACCUCCUUUUGAUGAUGAUGAGUAGAUCAGCUCCCAGUAAGGUCUCAGCAUGAUUCAGCUGCUCUUUUAAAAGAUGCAAUUAUACUACACGGAGAGGAAACAACAGCAGAGAAAGCUAUUGUAGAUUACUUUCCUGAGUGACUUUAGGAGUUCAAGACCUAUUGCUUAUUUGUCAAAGAACAUUUAAUAAAGCUCUAUCCAUAAAUAGCUGGUAAUUAAUAUGAAAUGUCUUAGUUAUUCAGUAGAAGAACCAGCCAAAAUGCAAAAAAGGAUUUAAUUUAUCAGCAUUGAUGCCUUCUACAGCAAAACAGCUGUGAACUGGGGUUUGGACCAAGAAAUUUAUAAGAAGCAAAGUCCCUUUGAAUACACGUCCUCUUGGCAAAUCAUAGGAAGCAGGAAAACUGCCAUUCUGGACUAAUGGUCUUGGGUUAUGUUGAAGAAAACCAGCUCAUGCAUCCAUUGACGUGAUGCAAGAAAGACCUUGGUGUCAUUCUCUAUAUAGGCCGUCCUGCAGGCUCCAGCAGGUACUGCUCUGCUCCUCAGACAGUUCUGCAGAGAAAUGCCUUGGUGGUUAAGAAGUCUCCAUGGCCAUCACUAUUUAGCAAUCAUGGCAAGGGAACUAGUAUGUAUUUGAGGGUCUUUGUGUAUGGCUUUAGACCGUUGUUUUCAAGCUGUGCUCCACACACAUGUGGGCCUUUUCAAGAAGAAAAUGGACCAGCAUCUAAGAAGCAUUGUGUGUUCACCACUACCCGACUUCCGCUACAGUGCAUUAGCACAAGAAGGAGUUGGGUCCAUUCUGGAUCAUACUCUCAGUUCAUGUGGGGAGCUGACAGGCAGGGGCCAGGUCCCUCAAGAUCGGAUAGCAUGUUCUAGAACAUGGCCCAGAAUCUUCAGAGAUGUGACAGCAGACCUGGGUUGCAUCUUCCCUCUAUCUCGUUUUAUUACAGCAUAUUGAGUUGGCUCUAAGCGCUCUGUGUGUGAGUGUGUGCGUGUGUGAAGUACUAGAUUUUAUCCUCUUCCCCAAUUCUUUUUACACAUCGUGAAACAGCAAAAGGGCAAAUAGAAAAAUUAGCUCUGUGCAUGCACAACAUGUGAGAGCUGAGCCAUCUUCUCCAUCUGGGAUACAUAACUUCUUUUCUGUCGGUGGCUGGCACUUUGGCAUUCCAGCAGUGGAAGAAACUGAAGCGAGGAGUGGCUGGGGACAGAGCUUUGCCUCCCAUUUUUCUUUCCCCUUUCUAGUAUUUCUCCUCCCCGCACGCACCUUUUUGUGAUACUUCCUUGCUCCCAACAGAUUGCUAGGAAAAAGAUAAAUUGCUCUCACGAGGGGACUGAAUUGAUCUCUUACAGAGAUGGUUUAAAUUAGGCCAAGAUUAGAAUCUAAUUUUUCCCAAUCUGUAUGUGAAACCUAUAAAUAAGAGCAGCUUUUUUCUGCACAGGAUGUUUUUUUUAAAUGUUCAUCCAUCUUUGCCAGUUAAGAUCAGGGUGACAUUCACAAUUUUGAGCAAUGCCCUUAGGACAGGAGUACUGACUAGUUUUCCAAGUCUAAACCUAAUUUUCUUUAGUUGAAGUAUGCAGACGUUCAAAGUCUUUCAUUGCCAUUCAUUUAAGCUCAUCUUGUGUGCUUCUUUAUCAACACUUUUACAAAUACAUUUCAGGGCAGUUUUGAGAAGUUUCUUCAAAAUAAUUUCAUCCUCCAAUCCAGAGUUUCAUGUGUGCAGAAGAAUCUCAGCAGGCAAGAAUUUCUCUGCUCAUUUCUAUGACCUCACCUGAUCAACAUGUGAGUUGUCACUGGAUGUUGGAGAACUCAAUGCAUUCAGAUUUUUGUGACUCGAACUUGCAAAUUCCAGAGUGGACCGAUCUUUUGCAAGCCGCACUGAUUCUGCAGAUAUGUGAGCCAGUUGCAUUUUUGUUUGUUUUACUUUUGCGGGGGAGGGGGUUUUGCAUGAAGACAUUAGUGCACAUGGACAUUCAGAAAUGAACAAAGCUGUCUUACAAAAAUUCCAGUACUGCCAGUCCACAGAGCACUAGACACACGAUGUCCAACAACCCCCAAAACCCAGACUGAAUGGAUUCAGCCUACGUGUCCCUAACCAAUGAGAAAGGAAAGGCGUACCAUCUGCACGUGGGGGGCAGGUGGUAUGCAUGUCCAUAAGCCAUUUCCAGAUCAGGCCAUAUAUAAGCAAUCACAGUGUAGUAUAUUCUGCAUUUAGACCGAAAUCUCAAGAGUCUGCUUCAUUUGCACCUCUGGUUAUCAGUGUUAGUAGAUCCACUGCUAGUGUUCUUGCUUUCAGCUCUGGUCUUGAGACUGGCUUUCUGUCCCCUGUUGUAGGAGAAGUGAGUCACUGGCCUUCGGUGCACUGUCAGCUUUUUAACACUGUUCUCUUUUUUAAUUGAACGGAGACAUUACGGAAGGAUGCGUGCCAAAAGGAGGCAGCGCAUGGCCGCACCCGUCUCCCAGGAUGCAUCCCACCUCCUGGCUGGCAACCGGAAGGCUCACAUAACUACUACUCAGGGAGGCCGCUGUGGCUCACGCGUUCCCCAGCUGCAAAUCCCUACAACACCUACCCUGUUCUGCCCUGCACGGGCCCCCUUGCAGUAUCCGUGAUCCCCCAGCUUUGCACACACAUAUUCAUGUGCAGCAUCUUCACAAGAUUAUACUCUACGUCUGUGUUCAAGCUAAGACACGGGCUUGCACAUCGUCACAUUUUUCUGCAACAAUGUCAGGUGGUGGUCAGUUCAAGUGGAAAGGCCAAGGUGGAAAAUAUUUAGACCAGCCACACCUUUUAAGGUGAAGAUGCAAUCGACUUGUGCACCUUGUGAACCAAAUCCUGAUAGUCCUCUGCAAGCGUAGCUUUCACAUCUCAGCCACUGGAAGGUUUUGCCAUAAGAAGGCUUUUCUUGCCCCUGCCUCUUACUUUUCUUCCCAGCAGACAGGUUUGCUUCCAGACGUGCAAAGCAGAGAGUGCCUCUUCAAAGCUGCACCUUCUGAUGGUGUGCGAGCACUUUGCUAGUCUAUUGGAGCAUCCACAGUCGUUAUUUUUUUCAUGCUUCCCAUUGGCAAUGACCCCUUUGACAGAGCUGCAUCUUUAUUUCCCUUGCUGAGAUCCCUUUUGCAGAACGUGUAUCUUCUUUCCUGCACAUUUCUUGUAAAGCAAUUUUGAGUGGGGUGAUCUAGUUAGCCGCUCAUUCCCAUUGGAAAUCGGAAGAUUGCUAGCACUGUAUGGAGGGAAGAGGCAAGGGGCAGCUCUGCACUUCUCCUGCCUGCAGAUACUUAGAUGGGCACUUGUGCCAUCUCAGGGCUCGGCCUUGGAGCAGGCGGGAAGGAGCGUGAGGCACCUGAUCUUCCCACUCCCUUCCCUGCUACAAAACACCAUUUCCAAGGUCGCUCUUGUGACCUCGGAGCCACAGCCCGUCUGGUUCUUUCUGCACCCUCUGUGAAGGAGCAAGUUUCCAGUGUUGGAGCUCAGACUCUGAAGUCUCCCGUUGGCCAUCUCGGUAGCCGCUAGCAGUCAAAGCAUUGUAUUCUAAGAUUUGUCCUCUUUAACAAAUCAGGAAAAAAUGGGCAUGAUCCCGCUAGAGUUAAGCACUGCCAAGAUCAAUUUUCAGUGGGUGAAAUUUCAACCAGUGUUUACCUGUGGGGAAGGGGGAAAGAGCUGGAGUGCAAUGUGCCGGAGACACGUCGAACAAAGCAUUCAUGACCAGUUCCUCACCGAGUCUCCUGUUGAAAUCGAAGGUGAGCCCAUCUCUGACUGGCUCGUGGCCAAGGGAGACCCCCCUGCCAACCAAAGUAUCAAUGUGGAAAAGUGCCACCUCCCCUUCAGUAUUUGUACAUGUUCAUUUUUAACACGGUGUUCUUUUCACUAAGGACGACAUGCAUUAAUUUAUAGUUAUAUAUAUUGUCAAUAUUGUUGUAACCGACUUUUUUUUAAGAGCAGAGAACUUCAAGAACAAGGCCUUUUAUUUGUAGGUGAUGAUCUUUGACGGACGGACCGAAAUCCUUUUUCCUUCACUGAUAUCUUGCACUUAGCCCUGCAGCAAUACUUAAUAUAUUUCCCUUCACAUGUAUUUGUUAAGUGAUUUUUAGGUAAUGGCUGAUAAAUGUUUUGUACAAAAUAGAUUCUGUACAGGGAAAAAGAGAAAUCUUUUAGAUAAACAUUAUUUAUUUUUACUGUUUUGUAAGUUAGACACUAUAAUGAAGCUCUUUUUUGCCAGAGUUACUGGAAGUGCCUCUUGGUAUAAUGUAUAAUAGUAAAUAUGGAUUCAGAAUUAUUCGAAAUAACUUGUCACAAAAUGAACAAGGUGGAUGUUGCAAUGUGAAGAAAAACUUAAAUAUAAUUCUGUGGUAUCGUA